CAUUAUGUUCAAUCCAGUAUGAUCUGGUCCCAAAGUCGACUUGGUCGAUGCACACUCCAAUACGACUACCCAACUAACAUAAUAAGAUAUAAAAAAUGUCUUGGGUUAGGGUACAAAACCAUAAUGGAUGGCUAAAAUUGAGAGGAAAGUGAUUUAAUGACCAUUUUUUCAAAGGAGGGAGGAGAGAAAGUUUGGUGAGAUAGCUAACUGGAUUUUUCGGAGCUGACGUCGAUCUCUAGGCAGCAGCUACUACACUUUUCAAAAUUUCUACUAAUAUUCAACUGAAAAUAUCUCAUUCGUUUUACAUCAAAUUUCAAAAUUGUUUGCAUAGCAAUAUAGUAUUUUUUGUGCUUUACGAGACAGAUCUCCAUUUUGAAAUUCUUUAAACAAAAAAAUUUGAGGCCAUCAUACAACUGUCAUAUUUCCACUCACAGUGAUUAAAAUGAACGGAUGUAGAUUGAGUUUUGUAGUAAAAUGAUUUGCACUCUAUCCUUUCCUUUGUUACAAUAAGUUAGAAUUCAAACUAUUUAUUUAUUCGGAAAUGAUUAUUAAAUGUCAUUUCUAACAACAGAUUAUUAAAUCAGAGAACGGCUUAUUGGUUUGUCGACACUCGACCGGCUCCAUUAUCGCGCCUUGUCGAGUCAUUUUUAGUGGCACUCACUCGGCCAACCGCAUCAACGCAACACAGCAAACCAGAAGGGAAAGGGAUGGAGGUUGGAGGAGUGAGAGGCUUUCGAAUUUCUUUCCUUUCGGCUUGGUAGUUCUAUUGCUCUUCUUCUUCCUUCCGACUCCACACAGUAGUACUAAUCGCACGAUAAACAACUACAAAACGCCAAAAACCACAACCACCAACGAACAGUAUAACCCUUUCUGAAGACGAGCUCUUAGUUACGUGACAAAUCUGCCGCUCUUAGCAUCUUCUUCAUCCAAAGAUACCAUCUUCGGUCUUUCCCCUCAUUGGGUAUCUCCCAUUCCCCAUCAGUUAUUUAACUAUAUUUAGUCCCUUCUUCGUCUUGAAUUCCAUUCCCUUCAAUUUCUCCGCCUUUCUCUAGGCCGGCACACAGAAGCUGAAGAAGUAGAAUUAGCAGCAGAAGAAGAAAUCGGAGGGGAAUUUUCCUGUUUGAGCUUCUUCAGAGCUAUGGCCGCUUCUUCGAUUCUGUUUCCCGCGAAUUCCGUGACUGGAACCAGAAGUUGGGGGAAAUCUGGAUUCCUGUUUUCCGGGCGGCGACGUUCCGUGGCUCAGGCUGUGAGGAAGGCUCCUGGGUCGGUUUCUGUUCGCUCUGCUUUGGACUCCUUGGAGGCGAACGUCUCCGAUAUGAGUGUUAAUGCUCCGAAAGGGUUAUUCCCACCUGAACCCGAACAUUAUAGGGGGCCUAAGCUGAAGGUAGCUAUAAUAGGCGCCGGGUUAGCUGGGAUGUCAACUGCUGUGGAGCUGUUGGAUCAAGGGCAUGAGGUGGACAUAUACGAUUCGAGGUCCUUCAUAGGUGGUAAAGUUGGUUCAUUCGUUGAUAGAAAAGGAAACCAUAUCGAAAUGGGACUCCAUGUCUUCUUUGGCUGCUACAACAAUCUCUUCCGCUUGAUGAAGAAGGUGGGAGCUGAUAAAAAUUUACUGGUGAAGGAUCACACUCACACGUUUGUGAACAAAGGGGGCGAACUUGGAGAGCUCGAUUUUCGAUUCCCUGUUGGAGCUCCAUUGCACGGGAUCAACGCAUUCCUGACCACAAAUCAACUCAAUACCUAUGAUAAAGCAAGAAAUGCCGUGGCUCUAGCCCUAAGCCCGGUCGUGCGAGCCCUAGUAGACCCGGAUGGAGCAAUGAGGGAUAUAAGGAACUUGGACAGCAUAAGCUUCUCCGACUGGUUUAUAUCGAAAGGAGGCACACGGACGAGCAUCCAACGAAUGUGGGACCCUGUGGCUUACGCCCUUGGGUUCAUCGACUGUGACAACAUGAGCGCUCGUUGCAUGCUCACCAUAUUCUCUUUGUUCGCCACAAAAACCGAAGCUUCCUUGCUCAGGAUGCUCAAGGGGUCGCCUGACGUUUUCUUGAGUGGCCCCAUAAGAAAGUACAUAGAAGACAGAGGCGGGAGGUUUCAUCUGAGGUGGGGAUGCAGGCAAGUGCUCUACGAGACUUCUCCAGAUGGCGGAACAUACGUGACUGGUCUUGCUGUUUCGAGAGCUACUAACAAGGAAACUAUCAAAGCUGAUGCUUAUGUUGCAGCAUGCGAUGUCCCUGGGAUAAAGAAACUGCUCCCUAAGGAAUGGAGGGAGUCAAAAUUCUUUGACAACAUCUAUGAGUUAGUGGGGGUGCCUGUUGUCACAGUUCAACUUAGAUACAAUGGCUGGGUUACUGAGUUGCAGGAUCUCGAACGAUCAAGGCAAUUGAGGCGAGCUGCAGGGUUGGAUAACCUUCUGUAUACACCGGAUGCAGACUUCUCGUGUUUCGCUGACCUAGCUCUCACUUCUCCUGAAGACUACUACAUCGAAGGGCAAGGUUCACUGCUCCAGUGCGUUCUAACGCCAGGUGAUCCAUACAUGCCUCUAACGAACGACAAGAUCAUAGAGAGAGUCAAGAAGCAGGUUCUGAGUUUGUUCCCAUCGUCCCAAGGCCUGGAAGUCACCUGGUCAUCUGUAGUGAAAAUUGGGCAAUCGUUGUACCGAGAAGGACCGGGCAAAGAUCCAUUCAGGCCCGAUCAGAAGACUCCCGUGAAGAACUUCUUCCUUGCUGGCUCAUACACAAAACAGGAUUACAUAGACAGCAUGGAAGGAGCAACAUUGUCCGGCAGGCAAGCUUCAGCCUUCAUUUGUCAAGCAGGGGAAGAGUUGGUCGCACUAAAGAAGACGAUAGCAGCCAUUGAUGAAUCUCAAGGAAGCUCAAACUCUGCCUCGGUCCCCGACGAACUCAGCCUUGUAUAACACAAAAGUUGGUUUCUUGGUUCAUCUAGUAUAAUCAUGCCCCAUCCAUACAACAGAAACGUCAUGUAGCCUGUAAUUCGCCCACCAUUAUCAAG